AUGAGCAGUGAUGGAAAAUCAAGUCAAAAAUCCUUCGGUAACAAACCGUUUAUAUUAUUUCUUUGUUUUUUCAGAUAUACUUAUGAAUGUUUGGUUGACACUGCGAAAUACCUGUCCGAUAAGGUACCAUUUAAGCCAAAGGUUGGAAUUAUCUGCGGAUCUGGCUUGGGAUCGCUCGCUGACGCUAUAGAAAACCGUAUAGAAUUUCCUUAUGAAAAAAUACCUAAUUUCCCAUUAAGCACCGUGGAAGGGCACGUGGGUCAGUUGGUUUUUGGUUACCUUUCAAACGUCCCAGUGGUUUGCAUGCAGGGUAGGUUCCAUUACUAUGAAGGUUACCCUUUGUGGAAAUGUGCCAUGCCGGUUAGAGUUAUGAAACUCCUCGGUAUCACGCACCUCAUAGCAAGUAACGCUGCUGGCGGUUUGAACAAGGAUUACAAAGUUGGUGACAUUAUGAUUGUAAAGGAUCAUAUCAAUCUUAUGGGGUUUGCUGGUAAUAAUCCAUUGCAAGGACCCAACGAUGAUAGGUUUGGUCCUCGAUUUCCACCGAUGAAUAGAGCCUACGACAAGGAAUUGAUCGAGAAAGCCAAAGUAAUUGCCAAAGAAGUAGGAUUAGGAGACAUUGUGCAUGAAGGCGUAUACACAUGUCUUGGGGGGCCAAAUUUCGAGACUGUAGCUGAAUUGAGGAUGCUGGGAAUGUUGGGUGUGGAUGCUGUAGGCAUGUCGACCGUGCACGAAGUCAUAACCGCAAGACACAGUAAUAUAACUGUUUUCGCAUUUAGUCUUAUAACAAACUUGUGCGUAACAGAAUACCACAAAAAUGACGAAGCGAACCACGACGAGGUUAUUGAUGUAGGCAAAAUGAGACAAAAAGAACUUACGAAAUUCGUUCAGGGCGUUGUCAAAUAUGUGGCAGAUGAGAAUAAGCUGGUGUCGAAAAUGCUG